CCACUUGAGGAUUAUCCCGGAUACGGGAGGGGAGCUCGGACAAGUUCUCUGCGUAAAUAUCGUCCUUUUAUGGACAGAUCCCUCAGUCUGGCCAACCAUUAUCGUACCUUGCAUCAAACCCGCUUUCGGCUCCACCAUCCUCAUUCUAUGGCCCCCCUCAAUCUGGCCCACCGUCUCAGUAUCCUUCCUCAAAUAUAUUUUCUCCUGCUCCGUCGCCAUUCUAUGGACAAACCCCCCAGUCAGUAUCUGUCGCUCCCAGUACCUUUGCUCCUGGCUACCCAGGGUACCCAGCUCCCUCAUUCUUUCCAGCUGCGAUGGGAGAUUCGGAAGAUGCCACGUCAGAUCCCACCAAGAUAUAUUACACUCCGUCUUCUCGCAAAGAAAAGGGACCAUCUCAAGCUACGAGCUUGAUUUCAGGGAACGAAGCAGAGGGCCUUUCGUCUCCUCGCAAUGAAAUAGAAACCACUCAGUCCACCAGUGUGAUAUCAGGAAAAGAAGUAGAAACACCUCCACGGGAUACAGAAAGCCCCGAAGAGAUUGGAACAACGAGUGGUCAGCAAGUCAGCAGGACGAAGAGAAUUGCGGAUCGUCUGACUGCAGAGAAAAACAUGCUAAAAGACAACUUGUCCGAAAAAGUGGAAAGAAUCGCGUCCAGGAGGGGUUCUAGACCCCCACAAAGCCAUACCAUAUCUCAACCCUCACCCCCGGAUGCCCCAAAGACCAAGAUACCGGAGAUUUUCAGAUGGCCCGUUGGUGAAGACGGGAGCUUGGAUGACGAGGAUAUUCCUGGCAGUCCUAGUUUGAAAACGGAGAGCUCAUUUCAUAGCAAUACGAGAAGCUCGGGGGCAAAGGGUGAGAUGCUGUUCACGGUCCUCAAAGAUGCCCAUGAACAACUAAAAAGCUACCUUGCGAGGUUCCCAGUCGAUUUCGAUGUCUUCAACAACACGGAGAAGGCAACGCAAGAUGAGGUUUAUGAGCUCAUGAAAGCAGUUGCUCGUCGUAGCCGUGGAGCUGAAGAUAAACAAGCAGAUUGGCAACUUUUGAUUGACACUGCUCAACAGCUUUUACAAUCUUUCACCCCGCCGACUGUGGAUGAACAUCUAGUUGGCAUAUUUUGGGGAUCAUUGGCAAGGAUUCUUCGCACCGCUGAGACCCACCCAAACCGAGACAUGGCAUCUAUGUAUUCCCGCGCGCAACACUAUCUAACAAUCAUCGAAGAAAUCCUCAACGGCGUCUCUGUAAGCUCCUCGCAAUCUAAGCCUCGAUAUCGCAUUCCAGACGCCUUAGUACCAGCAUUUGAGCAUCUCGUCAUGGUCUUCUGUAUCUUCGGCAGCAACACAGAGCUUUCACCUCGAUUACACGAGGCAGAGAUGAGACACCACAGGCGAUGUGUAGAUCUUUUGAUCAAGGGAAAGAACCAGCUUAUCCUCAUACACGCAGGUGAUUUAAGUGAAGCCAACAUGUAUAGAGCUGUCGACUCGGAGGGGCUUGCGGCUUUGAUGUUCAAGCAGAUCGUGUACAUUGCGAGUCGCGGGGAGAAGAAACCUAACAUUUUGGUUGCCUACCAGAAUUAUAUGACAAAACUAGAGUUGCAAGUUUUGGAGGCUCCAUCAGUCCGCGUAUUUGACGACAUCCAGGAUCUAGUACAAGAACUUACAAUCAUCGAGACCAUCCUCCGUCAACAGAGGACAGUCCUCGAAGGGAGUCUUGCCCUCUUCGGUGCAAGUGCGAAAUCCCAAGAUGCAUUCUCGUUGAUCACACUGGCGAAAGCUUUGCAAGAUGUUCGGAAACAGCUCAAUAAUGUAACCGAGCUUCUUCAAAUGGCGCAAAACAAGAAGAAUCUUCUAAGUCAAGCCAUAUCCAUCCGGAAAGAGACUAAUAACCAAGCCAUCCUCGUCUUCACUAUCGUGACGGUCAUCUUCCUGCCUCUUUCCUUCAUGACCUCCUACCUCGGCAUGAAUAGUAUCGAUAUCCGUAACGCAGCAUUCACGCAGCUACGCUUUUGGGAAUUGGCCAUUCCACUUACAGUUAUUGUCCUAGUGGCGGUUUGGGCAUUGGUCAAGUUUAAGCGAAGAUAUAGCAGGUGGAUCAGGGGUAUUGUGAAAUACUCUUUCAGAAGGUGUUUCCGGUAAUAUCUAUGGAUGGGUAUUGUAUACUGAGAGUCUGUACUCAGUUUUAAAGCGACUUCUACCCAUGCAGACUUUAGAUAUUUAGAUUCAGUAUGUUUGUAAACAAGAUCACGUGCCCACCCAAAUGCC